AUGUCGUGGAAGCUCACAAAGAAGCUGAAGGAAACCCAUCUUGGGUCCUUGAGCGCCUUUGCUCGAUCGCCUUCCACCUCCACAAUCACGGAGAAGGAUGACAAGACGCCUUCAGCCUCUGGGGCUGUUACACCCACUGCAGAGAGCGCAAUUGCCGCCUCAGAAGCCAUGGCACAGGCACCCGUCGUCAAGCCACCAAAGCCUGGUAUAUUGGUGGUGACCCUGCAUGAGGGUCAGGGGUUCUCCCUCCCCGAAUCGCACCGACAUGUCUUCACCUCCCAACAUCAAGGAUCCUUGUCCACUAGCAAUGCUGCAUCCAGUGUAUCAGGCUCGGUACGCCCAUCGUCCUCCCAACGAGUCGCGGGCUCGUACGUCAAUGGGUCUGGACGCCCACACUCGUCGGCAGGCGGGUUUGGAGCCAUUCCUACCAACCACGGCCGUAUAUCUGGCAAGUACAUGCCCUACGCCUUGCUGGAUUUCGACAAGGUGCAGGUAUUCGUCAACUCGGUGGACGGGAAGCCGGAGAAUCCACUGUGGGCUGGUGGAAAUACGCAAUACAAGUUUGACGUGUCAAGAGUCACGGAGCUCGUGAUUCAUCUCUACUUGCGCAACCCGAACGCUCCUCCUGGUUCUGGCCGCAGCCAAGACAUCUUCCUGGGUGUUGCCAGGAUCAACCCGCGUUUCGAGGAAAGACUGCCCUUUGUCGAAGAUCCAAAGGCCAGCAAGAAGGACAGGGAAAAGGCUGCUGCUGAGCACGCCCAGCGUCAGAAAGGUGACGGACAUGGCGGCGUGGAGUGGGUGGACAUCCAGUUCGGUACUGGCAAAAUCAAGGUCGGAGUCGAGUACGUGGAGACCCGCGCCGGAAAGCUAAAGAUUGAGGACUUUGAGCUUCUCAAAGUUGUCGGAAAGGGCAGUUUCGGCAAGGUCAUGCAGGUCCGGAAGAAGGACACCAACCGAAUCUACGCGCUCAAGACGAUUCGGAAAGCACACAUCAUCUCGAGAUCCGAAGUUGCUCACACCCUUGCUGAGCGGUCUGUGCUGGCGCAGAUCAACAAUCCCUUCAUCGUCCCGCUCAAGUUCAGCUUCCAGUCCCCCGAGAAGCUCUACUUUAUCCUGUCGGAGCCUCUUCACUUCUCCGACGUGGUGCCGCCGGCAGCCAAGGAUCUUCUCAUCAAGCUGCUGAAUCGCAACCCGGAGGAGCGACUCGGUGCUAACGGCUCGGCCGAAAUCAAAACCCAUCCCUUUUUCCACGCCAUAGAUUGGCGCAAGCUGCUGCAGCGCAAGUACGAGCCUACCUUUAAGCCUAGUGUUGUCGAUGCUAUGGAUACCGGUAACUUUGAUGAAGGCUUUACAAACGAGGCACCGCAGGAUUCGUAUGUUGAGGGGCCAGUGCUGUCGCAGACCAUGCAGGAUCAAUUCCAAGGCUUUAGUUACAACCGCCCAAUCGCCGGGCUCGGCGACGCCGGCGGCAGCGUCACCGAUCCAUCCUUUGUAGGGAGCAUUCAAGAUAGACGCUGA